AUGGAUGGUCAGACAUGCGAUGGCGAGGCCGGUUGGCAUGCAGGGGCCGUUUUGCACAGUGUGCCCCUGAGCCAAGGCGGCGGCGGCUGGCCAAUUGCGCGGGGGAUGCUGGUGGGGGCCUUUCGUAAAGAAUGCUCAGUCGCCUCAAGGUGCAAGGGGUGCGACGCGGAGCACUGUUUCAUGAAACGUAUGUUGACCGUGCCAAGUACGCCACUGGCGCUCUCUCUUGGUGUUGGGGAGUUGGCAUCUUCUGGUUAUGUGCUGGCUGCUCUGUUGCCACUUGGCGCCGAUUGCCGUGUCUCUGUUGCAGCAAUCGUUGCGAUCGUGGGCUCCCACACUAUUUCCAGCGCCUCCCUUGCCCUACCCGACACUAUCGGGAAUACCGCCAUGUUCCACGACACUGUCCCAUGCCUGACACGGCAUAUAUCUCAGGAACCUCGUCGGCACGUUGGUAGCAGAACCCAUCGUGUGCCUUCCCGCGAUCCCUCCGUCCCCACAGCUCGGCGGCAUAAGUAA